AUGGAUGAGUUCCGGCACGUGAUCUCCUUGGGCUGCCGCUGCUCGCAAGCCUCCGUCUUCAAGUCCUUUGGGCAGAGGCGCUAUGCGUGCCCCUUCGAUUGGAUCUUCAGCUCGGCCGCCAUGAUCACCCACUGCCUGCGAGAUGACUUCCAGGCGUUUCUGGACAGGGACCAGUACUAUCAGAACGGUAGCUCCUUCGACGCGAUCGGGCUGAAACCAGGAUCUGCGCCAAGAGAGAGGAGGCUGAUCGCCCACAACACCUACUCGUCCAUGACUUGCGGCGUGGGGCGGGGCACCAUCUUCAACCACAGGGACCCUCUCCACAACAAGGAGGACUUGGUGUACCUGGAGCGCUGCGUGGAUCGAUUCCGCCUGGUGCUUGCGUCCGGGGAAAGGAAGCUCUUCGUAAUGAUGAACCUCAACCACCAGCUUUGGAUCGAGCAGGACAUCCUCGAGCUCUUCGAGGAGCUCUGCCGGCGCAGCGACAACUUCCUGUUCUUGGUGCUGGACUGCAAGAAGAACCUGGGCUUUGAGGCUGCUGGAAGGGUGCCGGAACUGCUCCAGGAGCAGCGCAGGGGAGCGAAACACCUGGCCAUGUACAGAGUGCCCUGUGUGGGUGACAACACGGGCUCAUAUUUCCGGGAAGACCUGGACGCGCAGCGGGUCCGUGCCUUGUUGGUGGACCCCUUUGUGUUCCACUUGUCUCCUGACCCACUGACCGUGACUUCGACUCCGACUGCGACUCUGACUGCGCCAACUCCACCUGCGGCUUUUCCGCCAUCCGCCGAAAGCGUGGGUGGGGGCGGCUAUGACGAAGGCCCUAAGCCAGGCCGACGCUGGGGCCGUAAGGUUGCAGCAUGA